UUGAAAUUGACUAGAGUACGCGAAAUCCGGCAAUCACGGUUCGAAGCGCCAUCACUGUCAUGGCCUUUUCCUGUUCACGCUUACUCCAAGGAGGACGUGAACAUAAAUAAAACCAUGGGUGACAUAGAAACGUUCGACGAUAUAGUGGUACCCACUGCCACUACCUUACCAGUCACGCUUUCGGCGGAAUUACCAGAAAUUAAAUUGUUCGGCCGUUGGAACUGCGACGAUGUGCAGGUCAACGAUAUGUCCCUACAAGAUUACAUAGCUGUCAAAGAAAAAAAUGCAAAGUAUCUACCACACUCCGCCGGACGUUAUGCUGCAAAACGAUUUCGUAAAGCCCAGUGUCCCAUCGUGGAACGUCUUACGAAUUCGUUAAUGAUGCACGGAAGAAAUAAUGGGAAGAAAUUAAUGGCAGUUAGGAUCGUGAAACAUGCCUUUGAAAUAAUUCACCUUCUCACGGGAGAUAACCCUCUACAGGUGCUCGUGACGGCCAUCAUCAACUCAGGACCAAGAGAAGAUUCUACUCGUAUCGGUCGCGCUGGUACUGUCAGAAGACAAGCAGUAGACGUUUCUCCGUUACGACGCGUAAAUCAAGCAAUCUGGUUAUUAUGCACCGGUGCUAGGGAAGCCGCAUUCCGUAACAUUAAGACGAUUGCCGAAUGCUUGGCCGACGAACUCAUCAACGCUGCCAAAGGUUCGUCGAAUUCGUAUGCGAUCAAAAAGAAGGACGAACUCGAACGCGUCGCUAAAUCUAACCGAUAAACAUGUUCAUUUGACCACAGACGAAUAAAUACUUUAUCUUUAAGAUGGUCUUCUUA